AUGUCGACGCAGCAGCCUGGAGAAAACAUUGUACUAUUUGGUGGCUUCAAAGUCGAUGUCAGUCAGUUCAAUCUCAACGAUCGCUCCUCCAACGUAGCCGGCGUCAAGAUACCUUGCGUAAUAUUUAUUAUCCUGGUAGUCUUGACCGUAGCUUUGCGCACGUUUGCGCGGGCUAAAUAUGUUGGUCAUAUUUUCGCAGACGACGUCCUCAUCAUUUCCGCGGCUGCUUUUACAGUAGCUUUGGCUUCAACGUGUAUUGCCGCAACCCGCCAUGGGCUCGGUCAGCAUGUCUGGCUUCUCCCUAUGCCGACGCUCUUUGAGACCAUUAAGAGCUGUAUCCUGUACCUCUAUGUUUGCCAGAUUUUGUACACUUUUGCGAUUGCGUUGACCAAAAUCGCAAUCAUAUCGUCCUACCUUCGCUUCAUACAAGAUCGAUCAUUUCACAUGGCAAUGUAUGCGACGUCGGUUUUCAUUGCAGGACUAUGGCUAAUCUACCUAGGUGUUUUCGUCACCAUAUUCCAAUGCCGUCCUUUGUCUGGAGCGUGGAACUUCACCAUCAAUCGGAAGUGUAUUGACUACAUUAAUUAUCUGUACGCGAGUUCAGCAGUCAACGUGAUCACUGAUAUCGUUCUUUGCGUACUUCCUCUACCUCACUUCUGGAGGUUGAACAUGCCCCUGAAACAACGCAUCAUUCUGUGUGUGCUGUUGGCGGGAGGUGCCAGUGCCUGCGUAGUGGGGAUCGUCCGCAUCGGAUAUCUGCAUCACUUGAGAGUAUUGGAUACUACUUAUCGGAGCGUACCGUGCCUCAUCUUAUCCCUAGGCGAGUGUAGCCUGGGUAUCAUAUCCGUCAGCAUUCCAGCUCUCCGACCCAUAGCACCACGAGUCUUCCCCCCUACUAUACCACGCAGCUCCUCGUCAUCAUCACGACCGCAAACAUGGCACGUACGUCUUACUAUUAUAUCGUCCAUUCAGAAUAGAGCACAUCUCGAGUCUGAAAGCAAGCAAGAUUUGUCAAUGUCUGAGUCAUCGGGCUCAUGA